CCAUUUCAAUUGCGUUUAUAAGACAGGUAAUUCAAGUACACUACUUUAUAAUUUUGCAGGAAUUUGUCAUGUCUGUUAAUAUCAUUUUGUUUUUAGUUUUUUGUAGUUCGUUAGGGCUAUGUCGGGGCCAAGGAGGUGGCGGGGCUGGUGCCCCGUCAGACGACAGUGAGUAUAUUUUGAUAUUCGAAUCGUCCAUAUUUCCUACGGCGGAUGAAGAAAGUUUAUCAAGUAUGAACACUUCUGGACUAGAAGUGGUCAGUUUUAAUGAAACUAUAUCAACAAUAUCAGGGGUCAUGUGGAUUCUGAAGGAACUGCCAGAAAGCCACUUCAGAAUAGUAGUGAUAGUAAAGAAAGAAGUGUCAGGCAAGUUUGAGGUGGUACUCACUAAAGAGAUUUGCGAUCUCUGUGAAGAACUCCAUGUAGAUAGUGAACAUUGGAAAUAUAUAAGAUAUUUUGGACUUCCACCGCAAUGUCCUUUCCCACCAGGCAUAUACACUGUAAAUGGCUUCGCUCCUCACGAAGACGACCUGCCUCUUAACAGCGGGAGCGCGGCCCGGUACAUCAUAACUAUCAUGAUCUACCACAACAAAGAUGGAGACUGCGAUAACUACGACAAUCAGAUUUACUUAUUCAGCUUAAUAUUAAAUCUGGCGGUGGAGGCUUUGUGAUGUGAUCUUAACAUGGAGCUCACGAUCAAAUACGUAUAU